UAAAUUAAAUACCUAACCUAUUUAUAAUGCCGAAAUUUACAGGUUUCAAGUUUUAAUGUAGAGCAUAAUUAUGUAUAGUAGAAACGCAGAAACCAAACUGGAGGUGAAUCAGUAAAUAAUUUCUGGUAUUUUAGAGAAGACAGCAAUUGCAAUUUUCAAGCAUAUCUAAAAUCUGCCAAAAUCUUUAUCACUCAUUGAUUGACUUAAUGGCCAUUAGGGGAGAAAUAUUAGCCUACAGGUCCAGUAAUUGAAGAAAGAAUAAAUUCCACUGAUCACUGAUAGAAAGAGUAUUAAAAGAAAAACAUUUAGUGAAUGAUGAAUUACGGGAUAUAGAUAAAGCCAAUAGUAGACAGGAUGUCUCCUAGGCAAAGGAACCAGAUAUUUUGGAUAAACAGGAAACAGAUAGCUUGUUGAAAAUCCUUGUAGGUGAAUACAUUCUUGAUUAUAUAAAAGCCAUUCAGUGGGGCAGAACCCAUGAAAAAGAUGCCAUAGGCCCAUAGAGCACCUAAGAUAAAAUUAUAGUUGUAAUGUUCUACCAACUGGAGUAUGGAACAAAUUUGGGACUCCUUGGUGCUAGUUCUGAUGGAAUUAUUGAAGAAGGAUUAUGUUGUACAGUAGACUCCCGUAAGUUCGGCCUCGGUUAGUUCGGUCUCCGCUUAGUCCUCUCUUAGGCUCUCUGGGCAUUAGUCACACACUUUGCACAUCAGAAAUCAUUAGAAAAGAAAAUUCAGAAAAAAAUUACUGACUUUUUUUAAGUGUUUGAGAAGCCAAACCACCAAUGUGCAAUAAUAUUUUUAAAUUUUAUUAGGCUUAGAGUUGUGUAAGUAUUGAUUUAUGGUAUUUUUGUAACAGUUUAUCUUUUCAUAUAUGUUAAAUAUAUGUCAGAGUAUUCCUCUGUGUUGUCUUCUACUUAAUGUACAAGUGUUUUGUUUUUGGUAGAUCCAUACAAACAAUUAAUGGGCAUUUUUUAGAUAAGCAUCGGUUAGUUCGGCCACUUUUAAGUUCGGCCUAGGGUCCGGUCCCGAGGUGGCCGAACUUACAGGAGUCUACUGUAUUAGCGAUUAUGAUGAAUUUUGUAGGUUACAAUCUUUAUGUAGCUAAAUAGGGACUGUUACAUGUAAUUUUCUCUGCCAUAAAGUUGAAAAUUCAAGUUUGUGCAUUAAUGCAAUAAAUUUUAAGAACUAUAAAUUUAAUGAAAUAAUUCUAAAUAAUAAUUGUAAACGAGCAUGUUUCAGUGCGUCACAGUUUUUUGAUUUCUUUCUAACGCAUUAAAUUGUAUGUGACAGAAAAAAAGGCACGUCUGUGAUUACAGACAUUUAUAACAUUUAUUCUAGUUGUCGAUACAUGGCGCUAUAAUCGAAGAAAGAAUUAUAUCUACAGAUAUAAUCUGUACAAUUUAUAAGACUAUACAAAUCAAAUACCAUUUUACAAAUGCAAUAAACACAAUUGAUUUGUUUUUAUGCCAAAUCGCAAAUAAAAUGUGACAACUGUCUGAUUUAACUAAAAUGUCAUGUUAGAAUAAAUGUCAUAAAUGUGUAUUAUCACGGACUUCCCUUUUUUUCUAUCAUCUGUGACGCACUGAAAAAUGAUCAUGAAAAGGACUCUAGCAUAAUUAUAUCAAACAAAGUCCCAAAAGCAUGGAUUUCACAGGAAACGUAAAAAUGUAAGUAGGUGAGAAGUUAGCCACAGUUUUAGUGACUUAAAUCUAAACGAGUAUAAAACUGUGUGUACCUAUAUGACAAUAACAUUGUUGUUUUCAGUAUUUUCUUUACAAUUUCAUCACAUUUUCUCACCUUUUAAACUUUCCUUGGAUUUCUACAAAUGUUUUAAAAGCGAGAUUAGCUAAUUCAGUUCAGUCAUUCUGGAGCUGUUGUAAAAAAUAUAUAACAAAAUAAAAUGAAGUUUAUUAAAUGUCAUGCAAUUUUUACAUAUCGAAACUGCACCGGACACACUGAGUGACUUGUUGCAUUAGAGUUUUAUAAGAUUAGAUACUGAAGAAUUGCUGAAUUACGAUAUAAACUCUUUUUAGAAUUAUGUUAAUUAUUGUAAGAGAAAUAAUUUUAAUACGCCAUGGUGCAUGAAGUUUAAUGAUUUUGUUUUUAGUGGACCACAAUCAAUUGUUGAUGAUUUUGCCAAUUUCUUCAGCAGUUGUGACGUUCCGUCACUUAUCUAAUUAAUUAUUAAUGGGAACACCUUAUUGGAUUAUUGUUAAAAUUAUUUUUUUUAUAAUAUUAAAAACCCGUUCGCACAAAAUUCCCUUAGCGACGUCAUACUGGGUGUAUCGUGGCCACAUUGAUAUUUCGUGAGGUUGGUACUGACGCCUGUCGCCAGCUGUCACGAGGUCGGAACGGUGAAGGGAGGCCAUUGACUUGGGAGUGUCAUGUGAGUGCAGAUGGCGGCGUGAAUUUCUUUGUAAAUUAAAUAAGUUAUUUCCUGUUGCAUAGUUCAAUUAUUGCUAUUGCAAGUUAUAUUUGUUUUUUUGGGUGAAUUAAAGUGACGGAAUAAUGGAACUGUAAGAAAACGGAUCUCACGCCGCCAUUCUGGAGAAAUCUCAUUACUGAUGGUAAACCCUCUCUAACACCGAGAGCAGACACUUCCAACGUUCGAUCAAUCAGGGAACAAGCCAAAGGAUACCGUCUCCCAUUUGUUUUUGUAUUGAUUCAUCAUCCUGCACCCUCCGAGGGUAGUUUCAUUAGCUAUUGGGCAGUUGCACCACUUCGGUGAUAACUUCGUUCCACGGAUUUGGUACCAGACACCAAGGAUCGUUGUUGGAACAUGUGAAAAGGGGUUUGUUUUGGGGGACAUUUGUUCAUACCAGUUAAAGACAUAUUUUUUUUUUCUAGUAAUAUUCAGGACAUUUCAUACUUUCAUAAUUUAAUUACACAUAUAUGUUUUUCUUUCUCCACAAAUUUAAGUACAUUUUAGAUAUAACAGCCAUACCUUACAGUUAGUAGUGUUCCCCAAAUUUAUAUAAUUCCUGGUAGAAGUUUCGAGCUCGAAUAUUCUCCACCUACAUGUUCUUUUCACUUGGUUUGUAUUAAUUUUAGACUUGUUUCCUCAUUUAAUUUAAAAAUAAUAUUAGUUCAAUUCACCUAAAUUUAAAAUCAUUUAACUUGCUUCAUAAUUUUCAAUUUUUAUUAGAUUUUUUGGUAAAUAUUAUUUAACUUUCGCUAUUAAACUUUUUAUAUUAAAUUCGAAUAAAUCCCUAGUACCCAUCCCCUCAGGAAGGUACUAGUUUUACUUGCUGUUAGUAUUUAGAACCACUAGUCAGAAAAGGAUCUUUGUAUCCAGUACUAAGUUGGUUCAUUUAGGGACUUGUUACCCAUCAACUCAUUGAGAGUUGUAUAAUAUAUAUUAUAUACAUUAGGUAUUUUCAUUGUUCUAAUAUCAGGUAGUAUUCAAUUAGGGUGUACGUAUUACAAUCGUACAAGUGUUAUUUGGUGAAGGGGUUCAUACUAAUCUAGGUGUAGUUUGUACUUCCUAUAUUAGAGGUACUCAUUUGUAAAAAUUUUCUAACCUCAUUCACAUUAUUGUUACAUUAUUUAAUUGUAUAAAUCUGUAAAUGACUUUCACUAGUAUCUACCAUUUCUUGUCAUUUUAGAGUCACAUACUAGUCACUUGUUUUAACUCAGAGAUUGUGAAUAUCUAGUAGUUAUAUUUAAUAAAUAUAUACAUUUAUUGUGAAUUUUUUUUAAUUCUUUAAAUUUAUACAUUUAAUAUACUUGUACUACAAAUUUAAUAUACUCUAUAGCAGCGUAGAAUACCUGGAAGAGUGUUAACCUAGUUAGCCUUCUUCUGGCGCCCAAAAAUUUAUUCUAUUUUCAUUAUAUUAUUAUAUUUACUCUAUCUAUCUUCUGAACAUUAUCUUAAUAUCUUCUUUUCUAGCCAUCAUUAUCAUUUCCUUUAAUUUAUUGUCUGGUCAAAAAUAGGCGUGCAAAUUGGCAGAAUCCUUCCUUGAGUGUCAAGUGGCCAUUCUCUUGCAUAUUUAGCUAGCCAUUCAAGUUACAUUUAUCUAUUCAUAAUUUUUUUCAUCCCCUUUCUCUAUCAAGUAUACUGUUUUCAUUUGCAUAGUUCCAUACUAGUACUACUGCAAAGUAGUAUUCUAGUUACUUCGGCUUCUUCAACGUAGAAACCAUCCAUUUUUGUUCCUUUGGCUACAUUAAGUAGGUCUUCUUUUUCCUACGUCUGUUUGGAGUUUAUCACUCUCUGUGCAUUCACUCCAACAGAAAAUCUUCUUCUUUCUUGUUACAUUGGCGCCCAACGUGGGGCCUUAUUUUUGGUCUAAGACAGUAUUCAUUUAGGUCAUUUCUUUUCUUUUAUCUGAAGUUUCUUUGUUAUUUCCGUUGGUAUAUCUAUACUCAUUUUAUUACUUAUUUAUUUUAUCGUUAAUAUUUUCUGAUAUUUAUCAGGUAUUCUUAUACGCUGUAUUUAUUUAUUUUUUUUCCAUAUUUUGAGACCUCAUUAUAGUUUAUGAUUGUGCAACUCACAUUCUAGAUUAGAUUUUGUAUUUUAUUGGGAACUUAUAUUUAAUAUUGCUAUUACUUAUAUUACAUACAACAUAUAUUUUAUUCCUCCAUCCAAUAGUGGUAUAUUUGGAGGUACACUUAAGCGUUGAUCAUAUAUAUUUUUUUUCUAGAGUGGUAGUAAGUUACAUAUAACUAAAAAUUUAUUUCCAGUAUUUAGGUACUAGAUUUUCUUAAGUAUACUUUAUUUACUGGAUCAUUUAUUUAUUUACUUGAUCUUAUUUAUUUAUUCGCUUAUAUACCUGAUAAUAUAUAUUUGCUGGCCGUUUUGAUUUUGUUGGUGUGUUGCUAAUCUUUUCUCAGUACUUAUAUAUUCUGCGUGCAAACUUAGUUAUAUUUCAUACUUCUGAUCUUUGGACUGUUUGUCAAUAAUUUUGUUAUCAUCAUGUGUGCUUUUAAAGUGGAACAUCUUCUGGUGGACGAAUUGGACUAUGAGUUGAAUAUUAGGGACGUAGUACCAGAGGAGUCGGCAACAGUCGAUAGAAAACGCAAUCUUCUGCGGGGUGCUUUAAAACAAGAAGCAGGCAAUAGGAGUUUUCUCCAAAUUUCAGCUGCACAUAUUCCUUUUGAGGAACAACAGAAAAGAAUCUCUGAAACAUUAGACAGCUUGUCUAAAAAAAUCGAGAAGUUUCGGGGAACUGUAAAUGAUGCAGAAUACGCGCGAUUAACAUCUCGUUUAGCCCAUAUUUCUGGCCGUGUACACUUGUUACACUGUGCUACUGAAGAACAGGAACCUUUUAAGAAGUCUGUUUCUCUUAGAAUAUUAACCCUAGAGGGUGAACUUGAUUCUAGAGUUAACCCCGUAGCUACCUCUACUCCUAAUGCUCCCGUCAACGUAUCUAGCUUCACCUACCCCAAACCUGUGCAAGUACACAAAUGGGGUAUUUCAUUUUCUGGUGAAAAACAGCACACUGAUGUAAUGUCGUUUUUAGAAAGGGUUGAAUGUCUUCGUGUGUCUAGAGGUGUCUCUGAAGAGGAUUUGUUUGCUGCUUCUGCUGAACUGUUCACCGGUCCAGCUUUUACAUGGUUUAUGAAUAAUAGGGGUAGUUUUUCUUGUUGGUUGGAUCUGAUUAAAAGGUUGAAGUCAGAUUUUCUUCCUUACUCAUUCCAGGACGAUUUACUAGAUCAAAUUAAAAAUCAUAAGCAGAAACCUGGGGAAUCUGUUACUAUGUUUAUUAAUACUAUAUUAGGUAUGUGUAGUCGUCUAGACACUCCUUUGUCAGAUUUAUCUAAAAUUAAAAUUAUCCUUAAGUGUCUAUUACCCUUUUACCAUCAACAAUUAGCUCUGAUGGACAUUCAGAACAUUGAUGACCUCACUGUAAAGUGCAAACGUUUGGAGGAAACGUUAUCCUGGUCUUCUCAACCUCCAUCCACAUCUAGAUCCUCUUCUAAUUCUUCUUCUCAGCCAACUUCCUUUAGGCAACGUUCUUGGCAAAAUAAGGGUCAUGAACAUAAUGUUUCUGUUGUUAGUUCUGUUGUCUGCUGGAAUUGUGGUCAGGUUGGCCACCCGUUUUACAAUUGUAGGAUUCCUCAAACCCGUAUUUUCUGCCAUGGUUGUGGCCUAGAGAACACCCUUAAAAGGAACUGUUCUAAGUGUUCGGGAAACGAAAUGUCGGAGUUCCGUCCCCUGAGCGUUUCUCCGUCCACCUCCCAAUCAGGGAAUCAAACUCCAUCAGGCAACGAGACCGUCGGCCCAAGCACACCCAGCAACUCAAACCCAUCUUCCAGUCGGAAAGGGAAGAGAGUACCGUUCAAGAAACAAGCACACACCACAAAUCAAAAUCAGUCCAGAGAUUAACUUUUUGUC